CAGCAGCAGCAAGCAAGCAAGCAAGCAAGCAAGCAGUACAAUGGCUCGUACCAAGCAGACAGCAAGGAAAUCAACAGGCGGUAAGGCGCCCAGGAAGCAGUUGGCAACGAAAGCUGCCCGCAAGAGUGCUCCGGCCACCGGUGGUGUGAAGAAGCCGCAUCGUUACAGGCCUGGCACAGUGGCUCUGCGAGAAAUUCGUCGGUACCAGAAGAGCACUGAACUGCUUAUUCGUAAGCUGCCAUUCCAGCGCCUUGUUCGUGAGAUCGCACAGGACUUCAAGACUGACCUGCGUUUCCAGAGCUCGGCUGUUAUGGCUCUGCAGGAGGCAAGCGAAGCCUACUUGGUUGGCCUGUUUGGAGACACCAACUUGUGCGCUAUCCACGCCAAGAGAGUGACUAUCAUGCCGAAAGACAUUCAGUUGGCCAGGCGUAUUCGUGGAGAACGUGCUUAG